UAAAAGCAUAGAACCAAUUAAUUUAGUAGGUAAGUGAGAAUCAAGUAAAAAGAAAGGAAUAUAGAAAGACGGAGCAAGGGCUGCAGUCCAAACACUCCAACCCAAAAUUCUCUAUAGGGAGAUACUACUUGAGAAGAAGAGAUCAAUCUCAAGAAGAGAGGAACCCAAUCCAAUCCAUCAAUCAAAACCAGGGGAUUUUGAUUUUGAAUUUUGAAUUUUGGUGUUUUCAACGGUUUUCAAUAAUCGAUCAUCUUCCUCGUCGUUCUUGACUGAGCAGUGACCCGUCAGAUCUCGAGUAUUUGGAGAGCGCCAAUGCGUGGGGAUGUGAGCGGAAGCAACAUGGCGGCGUCGACGUCGAUGGGUAAGGCGGAGACGCAGUACGAGAAGGCGAAGACGUCGGUGUGGUGGGACAUAGAGAACUGCCAGGUCCCCAAGGUCUGCGACACCCACGCCAUCGCCCAGAACAUUAGUUCUGCUCUCGUCAAGAUGAAUUACUGUGGGCCCGUCUCCAUCUCCGCCUACGGCGACACCAAUCGCAUCCCUGCUUCUGUUCAGCACGCGCUCUCCAGCACAGGCAUCGCCCUCAACCACGUACCCGCUGGUGUGAAAGAUGCAAGUGACAAGAAGAUUCUAGUUGAUAUGCUGUUCUGGGCAGUAGAUAACCCUGCUCCAGCCAACUACCUGCUUAUUUCUGGAGACAGGGAUUUCUCCAAUGCUCUACACCAGUUGCGCAUGAGAAGAUAUAAUAUCCUUCUGGCACAACCACAAAAAGCUUCCGCACCCCUCAUAGCUGCAGCAAAGAGUGUAUGGCUUUGGACGAGCCUCUCAGCUGGAGGACCCCCACUUUCAAGUGGGGAGUCAUCUCAGCUUGCAAAUGGUAACCAUUCUUAUAACCCUGAAAUGCCGCAGUACUCGAUGCCUGAAGCGUUCCAGAUAAAACCGCCGCCAGUUUAUUAUGAACAGCCUUCUAUGGGAAAUCAAAAGCCUUCUACCAAUGGAAGGGUUGGUGAUACUAAAAAUAAAGGGAAAUCAAAUCGGAAAAACCCAAAUCAACCCAACAUAUCAAGAACCUCAAGUGUGCCAGUUGGGAACCAAGAUGACAAGAAUAAUGAUUUCCCUUACCAAUCAGAACAUACACAGGCAAAGCAGUUUAAGAAAGCUCCACACGAAUUCUUUGGUGUUAGUGAGAAUCUAGUCUCCACUAAUAGGUCUACUCCCAAUUUCUUCCCUGGAAAUUCUGAUCCUUCAGGCGGUAAUGGCAAUAAUUUCCUAGGUCAGCAAAACCAAUAUCCUCCUCCUCCGAGGCUGAACAACUUCCACAUUCAACCUAAUGUUGGACUGGAUACUAUGUUCCCUCCUAAUUCUCAAAGUCAUGGUUUUCGACCUAUUCCUCCCAGACCUGAUGUCCUUAGAUUUUCUUCAGCCCCACCUAUAAAUAUGCCUGAUAUGAGUAAGCUAAAUGUCUCCGAGUACAGCCAUUAUGCUCAAAAUUCACAAAGGUUUCCCCACCGAAAUGGAGACGAGUUUAGUCGACCCAGGUCUAGCGAGUCACUAAAUUCAGCUAGCCCAUAUGCACCUCAUAAAGGCCAUAAUUUGCAGAGUGGCCAGGGGUUUCAUCAUGAUUCUAUGAACAACAGGUAUCCUCGGGGUUCUGAUUAUCUGCCCUCUCAAUCCUCCCCUGCUGUUGCAAACAACGUUCCUAGUAAUGGCAUUUGGGGAACUCAAGGCUGCACACCAUCGGAAUACGUUCAAGGCCUUAUUGGCGUUAUUUUACUAGCCCUAAACACCUUGAAAGUUGAAAAAAUUAUGCCUACUGAAGCAAACAUUACCGAUUGCAUUCGUUAUGGUGAUCUGAAACACCGCAAUACUGAUGUAAGGAAGGCCUUGGAUUACGCAAUAGAGCAACAUAUGGUAGUGAAGCAGAGCCUUGGUGCACUUCAGUUGUAUGUUGGUAAAAAUGAGCAAUUAUGGAAGUGUGUGAACCCUAUAGGUGGUAAUCUUAAUCAGUACCCUAAAGCCACAUGGGAUCAGAUACAGAACUUUCUGAGUUCCUCAGAUGGACGAUCAGCAAUAAUGGCUUCUCAAUGCAGGUAAGUGUUAAUGAUAGAUUCUUAGUCAGAUGCUUAUGGUUCCUGGAAUGUCGAGUUUUGACUAUGGUUUUGUUCUCUGCAGAUAUCAUGCUCAGAAGGGCUUGCCUUGGGCAAUGUACUUCAGAUCUUGAAUAUGAUAGUCAGCAUGAAGAAAUGGAUCACUCAUCAUCAGUCAGGAUGGCAACCGAUUUCUAUUACCCUUGAAGAGACUAAAGCGGCAAUAGGUGCCGAACCUGGUACUUGAUUUAGUCAACAACUCCCUAAAUAGUGAUAAAGUGGCUCUAAGAUGGUUAAAUUAGAGCUGCAAGAAUAUUAUCAGUUUAUUGAGACCUUGAUCAACUGUGUUUACUUCUGAAACAAAAUACAGUUAUUAGAGUAUCUAAAGAACUAAGGGGGGUGGAAACCUUUACAUUUUGAACCAAUUUAGUAGGACUAGGUGUCUUUUCCUCAAUUUUUUUUUUUCUGUUUUUUUUUCCCCCCUCUUCUUUCAUACUCUAUGGGGUACUCAAUGAGCUUCUAAAGAAUGGGUAAAAAUGCUGCUAAUGGAAUAUACGUAUUAGACAAUUAGAAGCUACCUAUUUUACGAAGUUGAUUGUGCCUGCAUUAUUGUGAGGCUUUUUGUCCGUUACAAAAUCAAUGGAUCAUUCUGCCCAAAGCCGUGCUUCUGAGUAAGGAAGAAUGUCAGGAAUGGAAUCAGGAAGUGGCAGUUGAAUGUGCAGGCAAGAUUAUGUAGGUUCUUUACAAGGUUCAGCAUCUUCUACCUGGAUCAGGGCUUACGUGAUUAUAUCUUGCAGACUUUAUUAUUCAACUGCCAUGCAGGUGAGCUCUAUUGAUGACUAGCAUAAUCAGGUAUCUGAGACCUAGUUGAUCGAGUGUUAUGUUGGUUAAUUGAUGAGAAGAAAGUUUGCAGACGAAAAAGCUUGAAGCAACUUCAUAGGCAUUGAAGCAGCAUUUUGACGUGUAUAUUCAUUUAAAGAAAGUAUCUUGAUGGGACUGCAUUUGUGGUUCAGGAGGCUGCCAAGGUAAAGCUAUCCUACAAUUACAGGCCUUUAGGCAUGCAUGCGAUUUCUGGAACCUGGUGUGGCUAUAAUAGUAUACAUGCUUGGAUGUUGCAAGUAAAUUUUUAUGUAUCGUAUUUGACACUGUUUGUUUUAUUCAUCCUUUUAUAUUUGUUGUCUGCAACUCAGGCUUCGUUAGUGGGUUCAGUUUGGCUCGGUCCUGGAACUCACCUAGGAAGCGUGCUGAAUAAACUUUUGUAUUCUGUUCUCAACUUUGUAAUUUGGAAAAUUCUAUGUAGUUUUUUGAAUUCCAAAGCUCCUUGGUUUUCCU